AUGAAGGAAUCGAGCCCUUUGCGGGCGCUGUUCGGUGCCAUCCUCGCUGUCUCGGUGGUUUUAGCUGUGACGGGUGACUUCUGUGAUGUGAACCACUGUGAGAACGGGGGUACCUGCCUGACUGGUAGCAAUGAGACUCCAUUCUUCUGUAUCUGCCCUGAAGGUUUCACUGGGAUUGACUGCAAUGACACAGAGAAAGGCCCCUGCCAUCCUAAUCCCUGCCACAACAAUGGCGAGUGCCAGCUGGUGCCCAACCGGGGCGAUGUCUUUAUGGAAUAUGUCUGCAAGUGCCCGGCGGGGUAUGCAGGCACCCACUGCCAAAAGAACGUGAACGAGUGCUCCUCACAGCCAUGCAAAAAUGGAGGCACCUGCCUAGACCUGAAUGGCGACUAUGCCUGCAAAUGCCCCCCUCUAUUCUUGGGGAAGACCUGCCAUGUCCGCUGUGCUGUUUUGCUGGGCAUGGAGGGAAGGGCCAUUGCAGAUGCCCAGCUCUCGGCCUCAUCUGUGUACUAUGGGUUCCUAGGCCUGCAGCGCUGGGGUCCUGAGCUGGCCCGACUCAACAACAAUGGAAUCGUCAAUGCCUGGACCUCCAGCAACUAUGACAAGAGCCCCUGGAUUCAGGUAAACCUGCUGAGGAAGAUGCGGCUGAUAGGGAUCAUCACGCAGGGUGCCCGCCGUGCGGGCUGGGCCGAGUACGUCCACUCCUUCAAAGUAGCGCACAGCCAGGAUGGACGUGUGUUUGUGUUCUUCAGGGACGAGAACCAGGAUCGAGACAAGGUUUUCCUGGGGAACACGAAUAAUGACGGCAUGCAGUCCAACAUGUUCAAUCCUCCGAUCACAGCCCAGUACAUCCGCAUCUACCCUGUGAUGUGUCACAGGGCCUGCACGCUGCGCUUUGAGCUGGUUGGCUGCGAAUUGAAUGUGUAUUUCAACACGGCAGGUUGUUCGGAGCCGCUGGGCAUGAAAUCCCGCCUGAUCUCUGACCAGCAGAUCACAGCCUCCAGCGUUUACAAGACAUGGGGCAUCGAUGGCUUCACCUGGUACCCACAUUACGCCCGCCUGGAUAAGACAGGCAAGACCAAUGCCUGGACUGCACUCAACAACGACCAGUCUGAGUGGCUGCAGAUCGACCUGCUGACUCAGAAGAAGGUGACCGGCGUCGUCACCCAAGGGGCUCGGGAUUUUGGGCACAUUCAGUAUGUGGCGGCCUACAAAGUGGCUUACAGUGAUGAUGGGACGUCUUGGACCGUUUACAAGGACAACAGGACAAACAGCAGCAAGAUCUUCCAAGGAAACUAUGACAACACCUCUCACAAGAAGAAUGUGUUCGACGUGCCCUUCUACGCCCGCUUUGUGCGCAUCCUGCCCGUGGCGUGGCACAACCGCAUCACGCUGCGCAUGGAGCUGCUGGGCUGCGAUGAGUAG